AUGUCGUCUUUCCACACAAAGACAAUCGGUCGCAUUCUAGACCCCGUUGCUCAACAAGUAAAGGCUUAAAAAUUUUGAUUGAUGAAUUAUAUAGGUUUCUAAAUUGAUUCUUCUGUUUGAUGAAGGCACCACAACUGGGCAAAUGCCGGAUCUGGCCAAUCGCGUCGGUGUUGUCAAAACAGCUGUUAAUAAUUUGGUUAAGGUAUGAGAUGUAUGAGGUACGAGAUUCCCCGUGGUUACAGGUUGGCCAUGAUACAAUUAACGAAAGCACGGACGCACUGCUUAAACGGGAUAUGCCACCAGCUCUUUUUAGAGUAGAAGAAGCCUCACAAUUUCUCCAGGACGCUGUUCAGUUACUAACUUCGGAUCCCAUAUCCCAGCUGGGUCGAAAACGGCUUAUUGAAGGCUCCAGAGGUUCGUCCUGUAAAAUAUUUUAGUCUUCUAGGCAUUCUCCAGGGCACGCUGUCUGUGCUUGUUGCGUUUGACCUCUCGGAAGUGAGAAAAAUUGUGGAGUACUGCAAGUCGGUUUUGAAUAUGCUUGGACAAGUAGAGCACAUCCGAUCUUUUUCCGAACUGGCCGAAUUUGUUAAGGUUUUUUAGCUUCUUUAAAUAAUAAUUGCAGAAUUUAACUCCAUGCAUGGCGAGAAUGAUCAAAGAAGUAGACGAACGUCAACAGGAACUCGUAAUUCAGUCUCACGCAGAGCUCCUCGAACGUGGCAUUGCGCAAGUCAAGCGGAUAACUCCAAUUCUGAUUUCGUCUAUCAAGCUCUUUCUCAACACAACUCAACAAGGUGAUUUAACCGAAUAUCACGUGGCUUUCUCCAUAUAGUACACUGCGUAGGUAGUGAAGUGCUUUAGCGAAUUUGCAGUCAACCGGGUAUGCUGAAUUUUGUUCACGAGCAAACAGUUGCCACCUGACAUUCUAAACACUUAAAUGCAGUGCAAACUUUUACUGGCCAAUAUCUGUAUUUACCUCUCUAUGCAUACGUAUGUGGUUCUCAACUUUGUUUAUCUGUAUUAGUAGGUCAGAUAUUGUUAUUUUUAAUAGUAUUUAGAAUCGCUUAGUUCUUGCUUUAAUGCCUUGCUUUGUUUCAGGACUGAUACCUCUACGUAAUUAGCAGUUUGUUAUACGACUCCUUGCCGAUUUCAUCACUCCAUUUUAGGGUUACCUGCGGCUCGCGAGGCCCAGUUGAACCGGGAUUACUUUUUGCACCAGAUGUCCGAUGAAAUACAGGAAAUAAUUCGUGGCCUCCAGUUAACGAGCGCAGACGACAUCGACUGGCAGUGUGGUGAGCAUGCAGGACUUCGAUCUGCCAAGAAUCUUAUCGGGCGGCUAGCGAAAUAUGCAAGUGCAUGGUUAACGGAUCCAUUGGUAAUCAAACCAUCCUGCUAUUCAAAUUCGAUGUGCUCAUUUGUUUGCUCUAAUUUGUCCUUUGAUAGAAACCAGAUUAAGGUUAAAUUUUUAAAUCCUUGAUGGAUAAUGCCGAAACGCUUUAUGACAUUCGAAGUGUCGAUGCCUUUAUUGAAAAAAAGCUAACGCACGAUCAUUCUGAUAAAAUUUGCUUUAUGAAACCACCCGUCUGCCAGUUUUCCACCUUGAAUCUAUUCAGUUUUAUUACCCGAUAGAGUCCGAGACUUCAAAGUGGGUGAAGUACGGAGCGGUCGUAAUCAUGUAACUUUACGUAUUAAGAACCAUGAAAUUAGAACCGUGGGUUAACGUGGGUGCAGAUUUUGCCCACCUAAGGAAUAUAUGUUAAUCACCUCAGUUUAUUCCAGGAUACAAAAACAAGACGGAUCAGAAAAUAUGCUUGACAGUCGAUGUAUAGCAUUAUCUAAACUAAUCCAAACCAAAAUCGAGCCGGACAUGACUGUCGGCCGACCCAUCCUUUCGGUUUCACUCAACCGGCUGGACUCUCCGUUAUAUUUUGACGAAUCUCGAUACAGCACUUGAUUUUAGCGUCAUAGUAUGCUACCGAUGGGUCACUCAGGCAUUCCGUUUGAACUUUACUAUAUGCUAAAGAUGUAAGAGCACGGCCGCUUUUUAAAAGAUGGAUUAAAUUAAUUCAGAAUAUAGAAGUAUUUCGAAAAGGCAAAUAGUACCGGACGUUUAAGUACGUUUUACCAGUCUUCUAGGCUUCACAAAGUGUUUGAAGUCUUUGACAUGACGAUUAAAUCAGAGAGUAUUAAAGACACGUUCUUUCAUGUGCGAUGAUCUCAAUGCACGCUAUUGGGCUUUUCGCGUUCUGUACACGUUGUUUCGAAGAGUCAUACCCAUUUGCCUUGGCAAAGAUGAUCGAUAGCCGCAGAAUGUCAGCAUUGACCACUAUUUUAAUAGUUUAUGGACUCGGUGGACCAGUACGCACACCGUCUUAUUGCUACCGGUACUUCACCUCACAUUGCAUGUAUCAAGUAUAGAGAUAAAGUGUCUCCCAACUUAUUACGACUCCACAAGCUUUUUGGCACUUGCGCUUCAGUUGACUUGAAGUUGAUACAGUGAACCCCCACCUCCAUCCAAUCCUAUGAGUGUGUUUGAGCCUAGUCUGUGUAUUUUUACCUUCAUAUAGAUCAAAAAUUUUAGGUUCUUGCCUUGUUUAAAAACCUUUGAUGAAUAUUAUCAGACAAUUUAUCGUUGCGCAUAUUUUCUGACGAAUAUGCUUUAUAAUUCAAGGCUGUGAUACUUCUUUCCCCGCAGGCUUAGUGUAAAGUUUUUCCUCGAAUCUCCAGUAUGUUCAACUGAGUUUUUUAAGACAGGAUUUACAGGAAAUAUUUCAAUAUUUUCACCUAUUUAAUUGCACACUCGAAUCGUGGUCUACGUUAACACAUUUAAUAGUUUGAAGAUGCUCUACACUGGUAGGAUCUAUCCACAUACGUCAUUUAUAGUAGAUGGCGUAUCUCAUGAAGCGUUAGCAGCAAUUCCAAAACGUACUUUUAUUAGAAAGGAUUACUUAGGUGGGAUUCAUACUGACCCAACUUUUAAAAACUCGGUGCCUCGAUGGGAUUCGAACCCACGACAGCAAGGCGAAGGCCUUAGUACAGCCAACGCUCAAGCCACCUGAACUACGAGGCCUUGCCGGAAGACGUGAGUUUAAUCACAUUUGGGUCAGACAUCUAUGAAUUACGUGAGCCUGGUAAUUAUCUGGUGGCUUCUAGGGGAAUUACUUAGGAAAUCCUGCUUGGGCAGUCAGCUUACUGUAUCAGAUUUGGUGGAUUCCAGACGUUGCAGUAGGCUGGGCGGGCAACUUGACCCAAAUAUGAUUAAGCUUACGUCUUCCGUUGGAGCCUCGUAGCUCAGGUGGCUGGAGCGUUGGCUGUUCCAAAGUCUUACCGUUGUUGUCGUGGGUUCGAAUCCCAUCUAGGCGCCGAGUUUUUCACAGUUGGGUCAGUAUGAAUUUUCCAACAUUUGCCAAAACAUCUAUGAAUUGGGUAAUAUUGUAAUAUUUAUUAUCGGCGUAUUCUCAAGAUACUUCAGUUAUGCCUGAAUUUGAAUACAUCGUUCUCCGACCUGCUAAAAUCACAGGAGGUUAAAGGUGACUACUUAAUUAGUAUGUUUUUGAUUGACUUUCAUUGCCCUUGUAAAUGUCUAUAUAUUUCACGGAAAACACGUGCAAAAUAGCCUUCCGUGCGCUCGUUUGGUGGAACAUUGCGUCCCCAAUUUUUUUCUAUUCAAAAUAAAAUAGCUUUGGGUUUUGGGAGUUUGUACUUAUGAGAUUUUUACGAUCGUAAAAUGUCCUUUCAAAUAGCAUUGUGUCUGUCCGUUUAUUAGUACACACUAUGAAGUGUUUAGAAUCAGUGUAAAAUUUAAGGGCUCCGUAUGGUAUCUUCUGAAUAGCAAACAUAAAUGUAUGAUUCUUUUUAUAUGGAAAAUGUACAGUUGGUAGUUUAGGAACCCUAAGCGCAAGUGCAGCGGCUGCUCGAAUUUUAAAUUAUUCGGGAACUGAAAAAACCUCUCCAGAAGCGAAAGAGAUCCUUCCUUCGAAUAUAAAACCCAAAGGCGUAGUUUACCGCUAAGUGACCGUAAGCAGGAGUAUUUAGUGCAUGUUUUCUAUGAGAUAUCUUCAGACUAUCAAGUAUGGCAAACUCAAGUUUCCUGCUGUAUUUGUCUUUUGUUUAUUGCCAGGCUUUAGCCUGUGGCAUCACCUCCUGGCCGGAUGCCUCGGUGAGUAAAACGGUAGGACGAACAAAUUAACUGAUCGCACGUUAGUGUACAUUUGUGCGGUGCAUGGAUUUGGUAGCCGGUCAUAAACUUACGUGCAGGCAGUUAUACAAACCCAUGAACGAACCGCGAGCCUCUGGACAGGGGCAAUUUUGCCAAACUUUUCUGUCUCAGCUUAAAUCUCUUUGUUUUGACUGUUGAACCACCUACUGUAGGCUAAAGUAUAAGUAAUUAAAAACCCCUUUGGGAGGGAUUUUCACCUUCGCACUUAGAAAAUCUGUCACGCUCUUAACAAGCCAGCGUGCGGACCUCACGUUUCUGACCCUUGUUCCAUUUUUUGUUCUAGAACUAAGUGUGUGUUACAGGGUGUGUGACUCUCGGAUUUCCUAUUUUGUAUAACGUCAAGGCAUAAGGUUAAAGAAAUUUCAGUCGAAUCCGACCGAAAUCAUACCGAAUUACGCGGCCACUGACCCUCCAGUUUCCCUAGUCCGGCACUGUGUAUUUUUCUCAUUAGAUUUUCCAUCUUUUGCCCCUUAAAAAGUAUGAUCAAUUUCUACAUACGCCUGAAAACCGCCAAGCGCUACGUACGGCGGAGUUUCCACUAUCGUGCUCUGUUGGGGCCGACGCCUUCAUGACUAUUUAAACCUUCAGUUUAGUUUUUAUUUGGUUUCUUCCUGUACGUAAUUAGCAAAAUCGCCGAGCAAAACUUCAGAAAUGAAGGCUUGGUUGCAUAUCUGAGGCAGAGUUUUUCUACUGGUUGACUGUCUAAUCCACUGCCCGUUUCAUGCAUGGCAUUGUAUCACCUGGCCAGAGAUUAACACAAAGUAUCCUCCACUUUUGGCGUCGUCGAUUUAAACGUUUCUUUCGGAUCCCAUAGUUCUACCGAUGUACGUACGAACUCUGUUAGAGAUCGGCUCACCCCAUAUAUUUCCCACUCUUCAUUAAAUGUAUCGAAAGCCUAGGUAAGAAUUAUUUUUAAAUUUGCGCACUAUUUGAAAAUCUGGAACUCACGACUCAGAGAGCUUUCGUCAUGGGACGAACUCCAGCCGCCGACCACUCGAAUUCCGAUCCAGUGUCGCCCCAUCUGACCAACCAGUGGGUCAUCGUUGACUCUGUGGAGUUUAAUACGCAUUUUUUUGUCAGCACUUAAAUAGGCAAAGGUAAAUCGCAGUGUUUGCACCGCCACAAAAAUGCGAUAAGGCCACAAACCAACCCUCCGGCCUAGCGCCGUACACUAUGCUUCCAACUUUUUGCCACGGUGCCGUCUAGCUGGCGGGAUUAGUCGAUAUUCCUCUCCGAACAUGCAUGUACAAGCCUACUUUGUAUUGUCAGUUCCUACUGCAUGAGACUGCUGCCUUCUAUACGGGUUGCGCCGAUUUUGCUUCAAAACAAAACGGGUACUGGAUUGAUCCAAAGCAUGCGGUUGUGUGGAGUCCGGUUAUGUCUCUGAUUACUGUCGUACCUUCUUUUUGCACGCACUAGACGCGUGAAGUUAGGAACUAGCUGGCGUGUGGCACGCGUAGACGGACCGUCUGGUUCUGUCAGCCGCCGCGUCCAUUCCUGUUUGCGGCCGUCUCAUAUGUCCUACCAUAGAAGCACGGUGGGUUUGGGAACGGAGAUUGAAGUAGGUACUGCGUUAGUUAAUUUCACUACAAAGAAAUCCGCGUACAGGUCAUCAUGGGGCCCUCGAGCCAGUAGUGGACAUCGUAGGUUGCGUCAGUCGGACUAUGUUAGACCGCGCGAUUUUCCAACUCGAAUUCUCAUUUUGAAGGUCAAUUUGUUAUGAUGGUUAAUUUAAUGGACUAUUCUAUCCUGAAAGUUCACUCGCCCUUUGGUUUUCCGGAGUCUCUGCCGUAGUGGUUGUAAAACUUCUACUCAUUUUUCUCCUUUUGAAGGCACUGAAUGCUUCCUCUGGCGAAAAGGCCAUUUGUCAGAUUUUGGACGCUGCCCGUAGAUUUGAAACCCUGUGCUUAUCGGACGCCGAACGUAAUGGCCUGGCUGGUCUCAUAAGGGCGCUUCAUAGUGAAGUUGACGAUCUUGUUGCUGCGCAUCAGCGAGUAUGUCCUAAAUUUUUCUCCUCUUUUUGCCAUUUUUCUCGUUUUGCCUGCAUUAGCGAUAGCAUAGGAACUAAUACUCACACUUAAUUCUUUUCAAAAUAGGAACUGCAGACUUCAGAUCUGGCUGUGGAACAGUUACCUCUUUUCUCCCUUUAUCGUCUUCCAUGCCUUAGCCUGCAUCUUGAUAUCUUGAAAUUUUACCUACCCCACAAAGCCCUUUUUAAAGUCAUCCGCCUCUCGGUGUCUGCGCAACCAGGUGAACAAUUACCCGUCUUAUGACUUCUGUGUGGACAUCGCCCUACAUUUCAAACUCUCGAGAGCUCCUAUAGUAUUAAAAACGCCACAAACUGGACUGCCUUUUCCAACAACUAAAGUAGUUGCAACUAGCUCUUGUGGAAACACUGAUGGACAUCAGGGAAAAACACGCCGGCGAACAACCUAAUGCAAACACGAGCUCCGAUCAGUAUAACAAAAGGAACUUUGUAUUUUUCGGAACGACUAACUUCUUUGCCUUGGGAUGCAGUUAAAAUGGUUCUUCUGCCCCUCCCUGA